UUUUUGUUGACUUCAAGCAAGAGCGACAAAGCAAGAUAUUGCGAAACGCGAUAUUCUGACAUCAUGGCGAUCGCGGACUAUAAGAAAUACCUGGCGGAGAAUGUUCUCAAUGAGCAGCGCACGGUCACUUAUCGCUCGCUGGGUCGAGCUCUCCGUGUGCAUAGCACGUUAGCGAAGCAAAUGCUGUACGACUUUCACCACAAUGAGAACUACAAGAAACCCAACAGCGUCAAUGCCACGUAUAUCCUUACGGGAGUUCAGAAGGCACCCGAGCCAGCGGCCUCCACGAAUGGUUUCCAGUCCAGCGCCGAUACGGACGAUAUUCCCCCGAGCAGCCCCUACAUAAGCAGCUCUAUGCCCAACCAGGAUGGCGAUGCAGACGAGGUCGCGGUCUCCUCGGUAUUGCUUGUGCGCGAGGAAGAUCUGGAGGAUGCGAAAGCAACCUUCCAGUCUAUCGCCUCGAUAUACGUCUACAGCCUACAACCUACUGUGCUGCAGGAUCUCAAUGUCCUGACGGACGUGGCCCGGGAGACACUGGUCAACCAUGCGCAGGAAGACCCGCUGGAGCACGGGUUAUCCUGGGGCAUGAUUCAGAACAGAAAUGUCAAGAGGAGAACGGGCGCUCGACCACCGGUACCUGCACCUGCACCUGCACCCGCCAAAUCGGCUGCACCGGCGAAGAAGCCCACGACGGAAACCAAGCAAGAGGAACCCAAGUCUCAGCAGUCGCUGAAGAGGGAAGAUUCCGUCUCAUCGACUAGGUCGACGGAGAAGACUGCGCCGGUCAAGAAGGAAAAGAGUAGCAUAUUCAGUUCGUUUGCCAAGGUCAAGGCGAAGCCCAAGAAGGUGGAAGAGGCAACUCCCGCUUCCUCUGGAGUUGAUACGGUUAGUUCACUUCCGGUUCCAGCUGCGGUUGCGAAUGCGGGCUAACAGACAUAUUAGGCGGAACCUAGCGCCUCUGAAGAUGGUAAGUCUACGAGAAGCUUUCAGAAAGUGAUGGUGACUGAUAUUGGGCAGUUGUUCUGGACGAUGCAUCUGAAGACGAGCCUGACGAACUUUUCCCUGACUCGAACAAGUCUGCUUCUACCAGCACGAGGGAGACUCGGAAAGAGCGGGAGGAGAGGCUUCGGAAGAUGAUGGAGGAUGACGGUAUGUCACUCUACCCUGCUCCAAUAGCAGCUAUUGACUUAUACAGAUGAGGAAGAAGAUGAAGAAAUGCCUGAUGCCGCACCGUCGCCUGAAGAGGAGUCCAAUGUCAUCGACCAACCACCGCCUAAACCGGCCGAACCCAAGGAAGAGGUGAUUG